AUGUCUACAAGCCAUGGCGAAGACAGUGCUUGGGGAAUACCUGGCCCCGACUGGCUACCGAUCGCUGAGCUGAAGGAUUGGAUCAGAGGGAUUUAUGUUGACCAGACAGUACCCGCUCAUCAGUUGGACCAUGAGGAUGAAGAUGAAGCCAGUGAAGAGGAGGAUGAAGUCGUGUCUGAAGCCCUCUUCACCGGAUAUAGCGAUUCUUCCCGGGCUUUCGGCUCGACCAGCUCGGUCACUCCCGACUUCACUCUUAUGGUUCUGUCGAAUCUGGCUGUUAACCACCACAACGGCGUUUGA